AAACAUAGAAUGCAUUAGCCUGCUUGCUUGUAAUGUAAAUACAACCAAACAAAACACUGAUUUGGCUGCAGUUUCUCACCACAGGCAACCUGGAACAGGUGGAAGUCGCACAGCUGACUAAACGAUGACGUAAGAGUUCCCAACAGCAACCCGAAGCUGACUCUGCGUGACGUCAGCGACUAAACAACAACAAAGUAAACAGCAGCUGGCAGUGCGCGUGAGGAGCAGGGCGCGCGCUCGUGUUUCUUUGCUAUGGCUCAUCGUCGGGGCGGAUGCGACAGCCUGGAUGCUUCAGAGGUGGAGCCGGUGGACCAGAGCUCCACCACAACACUCAACUUAGGUGGAGGAGAGACGAUGGCGGAGAAAGAGGACGAGCAGAGACAGCAGCAGCCUUCGGAAGUCCGAUACCCUGCAGCCUGUUAUCCGCUGUGCCGCUUCUCAAAGCUCAUUAACUGGAAAAGACCAUUAUGGACUUCCGCUUUCUUCGCAACUACAAAUAUAGCGUUUUGGUUUGUGUCGCUCAGUCCCUGUCGAGUGUUCACCCUCAUCUCCAUUUGUCUGGCUCUUCUAGUAGUGGUCCAGCUAAUGAGAUACGUGACUCUUUCCAGAUCAAAAGGGGCUGCUUUAUGGAGGAGUAUGACAAGCAGCUGGGAGAUCAUUGAUUCUGUCCAGGAGGGCAAGUCUGCAUCAGGAUCUCCAUUCACAGACUUCUGGACGAGUCUCAAGUUGUUCAUUGAGGAGACAUCCUCUUUUAAACAGCAGAAUCCAGGCAAGUUUUGUCUGCUGGUUUGCAGUAUGUGCUCUUUUCUAGCAAUACUUGGACGUUACGUACCAGGGGUUGUUAUUUCAUACAUUUUAGUGCUGGGUAUUUUUCUCUGGCCUUUGGUGUCGUCACAUGAGUUCGGGAUGUGGUUGGAACCAGUUCUGCAGAAACUGGACUUUGGAGUGGCCGAGUUUUUUCAGAAAAUAAAGGAGAAUCACGAGAAAAGGAUACUCCAGUCACAAACCGAGAGAGAGUGCAUCGAAGCAGAUCUGUCUGCACUUUUCCCCAAGAUGGACUCCACUGUGUGCAAAGAGCUGUCCUUAUCAGACACAGAGGUCUCUGAAGUCACGUGGACAGACAACGGCACUUUCAACCUUUCAGAGGGACACACACCUCAAACAGAGAACUCUGACGACUCAGACAGGCGAAGCGACGAGGAGGUCUUCACAGGUGGACUGCCGGAGUUCCCCUCUCUGGACAAUGGCUUGGCGACAAACGGAGAGGAUGAUGAAGACCUGAGCAUUGGGCUGCCGACUCCUCCAGCUCAUCCCAGCAGAGUGGGCUCCACGCAGUCAGAAGACGAACCCGCAGUCCAGGCCCUGGAGGCUGUGCAGAGGCUGGCCGGAGACAUGAUCACAGCCGCGGUCUCCACAGCCAUGCAGGAGCGUCUGGAGGCGGCAGUGGCACCUGCGCUGCUCCAGGCUCUGGCCGAGGAGUCAGACAGCGAGGCGGAGGACUUUGAGUUGUUGGACCAAUCGGAGCUGGAGCAGCUGGAGGGCGAGCUGGGGCUGGACAAGGCCAACCGCGCAGAGCUGUCUAAACCAAGCAAACCUUCCUCAGGCUUUCUGUCCAAACUCCUGGGCCGCCACUGAUCGGAUUCAGAGGGGUUUCCGCCUUCCCUCUGUGAUGGGAUGUGGGUGGGAGGAGAAGUGUUGGGUUUACAGGGAAUGGUCCAGAGUCAUGAAGGUAUUCCAUUGUUUUACUUUGCUGGUGUGAUUUAGGUGUUUUGUUAAAAAUAAAAAAAACAAAGGCAUCUGUCGAGGUUGAA